UUUCUAGCUCCGGUACGUGGUAAAAAUUUGAUACGGGCCCGAUCGAGCUAACCGCAGGAAGCCUGCAAAGUGCCGCCACUGGUGAGGUGAUUCUUUCCCGAAGGAAUCUUCAUGUUCGUCGUACAUGAACUACAACUAUCGGGGUGCUGAGGAAGCCAUUCUCAUUAGAACGCAAAAAAACAGAACAGAAGCGUUCUUCGAUACCCUUUGUGUUGCCCUCAUUGAAUCAUCACUGGCAGUAGGUUAUGGAUAUUCAGCGAGCAAUGAAUUCAAUGCACACGCGUUUGAAGCUGGUAGCAUUCGUGCACUUCAUACUGAUCGUGCUGGCACUCGGCAGUGCUUGGCUGCCAUCUGCUUAUCUGUUCUACAACCUGCUCUACAUGGUAGCUCUGUUCUGGGCGAUACACAGCCGCGAAUCGAUCGACGCGGUUCAAAUCUGUGCCGUCAUCAAUGGGUUUAGCUUCUUCUUCGAUUUGAUGGGUAUCAUUUCGUACUUUCCAUCACACGGUAUCUUUUCCGCCGUGUUUGCCAUACUCAACCUGGUGAUCCGGCCGUUCAGUUUGCUGCUGCUGCAGCGUGAACUUUCCGAUCGUGGCGGAAGCUUCGAUCUCGGGCACGAUGGUACGGGGGGCGUUGGUGAACACCCUACCAGCUACGAGGAUAUCGAUGCACCACACCAACAGACACCGUCACACGGCCAGGUGAAUGUUAAUCUGUUCAAGUGAGCGGAAGUUACCCCACCCGAAUCAGGAACGAAUCUCGAUCGUGCUUUUCUUUAUCGAAUCAAUGAAUCUACUUUUUGUUUUGUCGCUCAAACGCCGUGCCAGAUACGAGAAGGGAAGAAGGUACGAGUUAAGGAAGGUUUUGUUUAUAAAUGUGUAGGAAGUUAUAAUCUCAGUGGUAAGGUAUAUAACAGCCACCGGUGUGGCGGCGAACAUACCAUAACUCGGCUGUUACAAUCCCACUAACAACAUUAAGCAAGUACUUGUUUUACAACACUUCGAAUGCAGCACACUUGUAACGUGUUCGGAACUCAGUGAAAUUUCUUUUAAUUGUUUUAAUAAUUUUGGCCAGGUUUUAACACAUUUUCUUCGAGCAAGUGGUUAUGUUGUUAAUAUUAUGCUCACGAAAAACUAUCGAGUCAUUUCAUUAGCUAACAUUGUUAUAGUUAAACGAAUAUGUUGUACGAAAACGUUGUAAGAGUUUUAAGUUGGCAGAUAUAGAAUUCACCUACAUCGUACUGCAGCGUGUAUUGAAUAUUGAUAAAAGAAACAGAGAUAUUUUCGAAGAUAGGUUACAAAGAACACAGUCUUAAAGUCAGUAAAAGUGAAUCAGAAUCAUGUCUAGCUCGUUCUAGAUAAUGCACUGUAAUUAAAUAUUUAGAUUAAGACGAUAAAA